ACAGUGUUAGGGUUUGUUAAUGUGUGGUGUCUGGCAACCACUGUUUUCCGGUCAUAUUAACCUCUGUCACGUUCUUUACAUGUGGCUUUUUUUUUCUUUUUUUUUUAACUAGAAAAGGAACAUUUUGGCUGAUUAUCGAAGAAUUGUACUGAAUUAUGAAUGUGUGGACUCACAUGGUGUUAUGAAGCUGUAUUUGUUAACAGUGUAACAGCUGCUGAUGUAACUGAAGGUAAUCUCCUGAGCUUUGCUUUACAUCAAUGAGUAGACUCACACUCUGGACCUGUGUGUCACACUUCAUCAGCUUCCCCAUGUCACUUAUGAGACGGAUCAUAACACAGCUGGUCAGUCGAGUGCUUUUGGGCCCUUUAGGUACUUUACACUGUGAGAAGAUGUCCAGUGAAACAACAGCCAGCACUUCCAGGAGGAAAAAACUGGUGGUAGGGCUCGGUAACCCCGGUAUGACCGGCUCACGGCACAGCGUCGGCAUGGCCGUGAUCGCAGCACUGGCAGAGCGCCUGGGAGUGUCUGAUCAGUGGAAAUCAGACAGACACCUGUCAGGAGAGGUUAUUGUUUCAGUUUAUCAGGACACACAACUCGUGCUUCUCCGGCCAAAACUGCUCAUGAAUGUGAACGGUGUGAGUGUGGCGAAGGCAGCAAGCAAAUUCUCUGUUCGACCCGAGCACAUCGUCUUGGUACAUGAUGAACUUGACAAACCACUUGGGAAGCUUGCCAUCAAACAUGGAGGAAGUGCAAGGGGUCACAACGGUGUCCGGUCCUGUAUCGACUGCCUUCAUACUGAUGUUAUGCCACGGCUACGAGUUGGUAUCGGGCGACCCUCAGGAAACACAACAGUGGACAGACAUGUUUUGGGGCGGUUCUCUAAGGAAGAGCAGACCAUUUUAAGCUCUGUAAUGGAGCAAAGUGUGGAACUUUUAUUGGCGCAAAUCACAGAGCAAAAAUUCAAAGUAACUCCAGCAGGGGGCAGGAGAGCAACACAAAAGAGGAAAGAGAGGACACCUUCCGCAGUGCAGGAACCUGAGGAAAAGCCACACAGAACUGACCUCAGCUGCCAAUAAGCUAACGAUUAUAAACUCAUGACUCUGCUGAAUGUGGGUGUUUGUAUUGUAAAAUUGAAUAAAUGACUAUUCUGUUUUAAGUGGA